AGCCCAUGAGACUCUCAGAGCCUGAGCAUGAAUCAGGGAAGCGGUGCUUGUUUGUGGACCUCAGUGCCUCAGCACUGCCCCGCACCAUGUGAUCGUUACAAGCAUGCGUCUUGUGCCCACAGAGGCCAUGUUUAUGUACUAGGUGGCAGAGAAACACGCUUACUGAGAGAUUUUUGGAAAUAUAAUAUGGUCUGUGACAAGUGGGCCGAGCUUCCCUGUGAUAGUGAAGAAGCGCCUGAAGAACUGGAGGAGCACACAAUGGUAGCAUAUCAGGGAUUUCUGUAUGUCUUUGGAGGAAUGCAAGAUUCAUCAUAUACUAACUCAAAAAUGCCUCUUUGGGUGUUUGAUACAGUAAAAGAGUGCUGGAUUAACUGGAAAACAAGGAGUGAAACUUUACAGGGAGAGACACCAGCAAACAGAAAAGGGCACAGUGCUGUCAUUUUUGGGUCAUCUAUGUAUGUCUAUGGUGGAUACAUUGAUAUAAGAGGAUCAACAAAGGAAUUCUGGAAAUUUGAUUUUGAUUCCAGGGUGUGGUCGCUCCUAAGCAGUGUACAAGGUGGGCCUGGUCCCAGACAUGGUCACUCAGUUAUGACAUACCAGGACUCUAUGUACCUUUACGGUGGCCUGCAGGGCCUGAGGGAACAGAAGGACCUGUGGAGCUGGAGUUCUGCCAGCCAAAUCUGGAGCUGCAUCAAUUUCCAUUCAGGUCCUUCCAGGCUGGUUGGUCACUCUGCUGUAUUGUUUAAGGACAGCAUGCUCAUCUUUGGCGGUGGGGAAACCCAGAGCUCUCCUCAGAGCAGCUUGUGGAGGUUCAACCUGACAACAAAAACCUGGAAGAAGCUAGCAAUGUUGCCUGGAUCCCCCGCUCUGUGCCGGAUCCAUCACUGCAGCAUUGGCAUAGGCCAGAGUUUCCAGCCAACAUCACCAAACAGCAUUUAUUUAAGAAAAAUACCCAACUCUCACAACAUCUAUAACAAGCUAAGACCAUUUAAGAACAAGUGCCAACCAUCCCGCCCCACUUUGCAAGAGCCCUGUAUUGAGCUCCAGACUUUCCACAUGGACAAAACAAAGUAUUUACCAGAUUUAAGUAUUGCAGUGAAAGACACUAAGCUGAAAGGAACCUGUCUCACCCAGGAGGCUAUUAGCGAGAAGCGGAAUAGUGGUGACCUGGCAGAGGAAACCGAGGACGCCAUGUUUCUCCAUAUGCCUGACUUGCUGUUAGUCCUGGGUGGUAAACCUCUACAAGGACAGCAUGCGAUUUCAGUGUGGCAUAUGACAAUGGCAUAAAUCUGUUGUUUUUAGUGCAUUCAACUUUCUCUGUGAGAAAAUAAUGAAUGGGCCUUAGCAACAAUACCUAUAUCCUGUUGGAGAACAAUUGAAUUCAGUCAUGUACAAAAUUUUCACAGUGUUUGUAAUUAUUACAUUGACUCGUAUUACAUGCUAGGAAUCAAUCCAAACAUUGUCACAUUUUGUAAUUUGCUUUGUAUGCGUUUUGUUAGAUCCAUGUAUAUUGCUGUCAGAACACAUUCAUUUUCCUGCCUUCGCAUCGUUUCAGGAUAACUGCACUCAAACGAUUUAAUAAGUAAUGCAUUACAUGAGUAAUCCCUUUGCAGCAAUCAAAAAUGUGUUGCAGGGCCAAUGUUAAAACCAACACUAGUCUGUAUUUAUUUUUGGAUUGCUAAAAAAAGUAAUCUAACAAAAACAAAUAUUGCUAGAAAACUACAUUUGUAGCAUAUUUGCAUUAAAUUUACAUUUAGUCAUUUAGCAGACACUUUAACCAAAACGGCUUACAAAUGAGGACAAAAGAAGCAAUCAAACCAACAAGCCAACCUAAUAAUAUGUAAAUGCUGUGAAAAGUCUCGGUUAGUCUAACACAGUAAACGUAGCAAAUUAUUUUUUAAUAUAUAAUAAA